AGGCCCCGCUCUGCCCCUGCCCAGGCAUUCGUCAUCCAUUGCAACAUCCCCGGUCCACGGCAACCUUUGGAGCUCGGCCAGGCACCGCUGUGAGACGGUAGAAACCGCGGCUGGGGGACGGAGCGACUCUGUCCCAGGAGGGCCUCAUGGCCGCUCUGCUGGGGUGGCGCUAAGCCCCCUCCGCUUUGGGCGCCGUGGGCUGCGUUACUCCUGGUCUCUGCCCAGGGACAGAAGCAAGGCACAGCCCUCCGAGGAAAAGACUACAGUUCCCAGAAGCGCUGCGGGGCAAAACAGCCGGCCCGGCUCUCUCCACCCCGCUCCCUCCUCCUGCCGCGUUGCUUCACGGUCCUUGUAGUCCUCGGGACUCCCCGUCUCCGUUUCCCCGCCUGGCCUGCGCGGCGCAGAAGACUACAUCUCCCGAGUGCCCCUGCGGCGCCGCGCUUGCGCGUCAGCCUGGAAGUGAGGCCGUUGCGUUGCGGGCAACGGCUAAGGCAGCGAAGAGGCAGUAAGCAGCGGUGCCGCCGGCUUCCGCGUUUGCCGGGGGUGGCCGGCGGGGGAGGGGGCGCGGCGUGGGAGAGGGGGCGCUCGGCGGCCGGCGGCGGCGGCGGCGGCGGCGUCUGUCAGGCGGCGGGCGUUAGCCGGGGCGAGGGGGAUGAGCCUGUGAGGGCGGAGGAGCGCGGGGUGGGGGUGCAGCCCGGCCAGAGCGGAGCGAUGUCCCAGCCUCAGCAGCAGCAACAGCCGCCGCCGCCGCCGCCGCCGUCUCCCCAGCAGCAGCCGCAGCCGCCGCCUCCGGCCGCCUCCAAGAAGCGGGACCGGCGCAUCUUCUCGGGUACCUGCCCCGACCCCAAAUGCCAGGCGCGGCUGUUCUUCCCGGCCCACGGGCCGCAGAGCGGCGGCAGCAUCGAGUGCACCGACUGCGGGCAGCGCCACGAGCAGCGGCAGCUGCUGGCCGUGGAGGAGGUGACGGACCCCGACCUGGUGCUGCACAACCUGCUGCGGAGUGCGCUGCUGGGCGUCAGCGGCGCCGGCCCCCCCCGCAGGACCACCGAACUCGUCAAAGUCAUGGGCCUCUCCAACUACCACUGCAAGCUCCUGGCCCCCAUCCUGGCCCGCUACGGCAUGGAUAAGCAAACUGGCAAAGCCAAGCUCCUCACUGAGAUGAACCAGGGUGACAUCUUCGACUGUUCCCUCUUGGGUGACCGCGCCUUCCUCAUUGAGCCGGAGCACGUUGAAACCAUUGGGUAUGGGAAGGACCGCUCUGGCAGCCUCAUCUACCUGCAUGACACCCUGGAAGACAUCAAGAAGGCCAACAACAGUCAGGAGUGCCUCAUUCCUGUCCACGUGGAUGGAGAUGGCCACUGCCUGGUUCAUGCAGUCUCACGGGCGCUUGUUGGCAGGGAACUGUUCUGGCAUGCUCUGCGAGAGAAUCUAAAGAAGCAUUUUGAGGAGAAUCUGAGUCACUACAAGGCCCUCUUCCAUGAUUUUAUUGAUGCAGCAGAGUGGGAGGACAUUAUCAAUGAAUGUGACCCUUUGUUUGUUCCUCCAGAAGGUGUGCCCAUGGGCCUUAGAAAUAUUCAUAUCUUUGGUUUGGCCAAUGUGCUUCACCGGCCUAUCAUCCUGUUAGAUUCAUUGAGCGGGAUGCGAAGCUCUGGAGAUUAUUCAGCUACAUUCCUUCCUGGCCUGAUACCCCUCGAAAAAUGCAUGGGAAAAGACGGCAUGCUGAACAAACCGAUCUGCAUUGCAUGGAGUAGCUCAGGACGUAAUCAUUAUAUUCCUCUAGUUGGAAUAAAAGGUGCUGCUUUACCUAAACUGCCUAGGAAGCUACUCCCUAAAGCUUGGGGAGUUCCUCAGGACCUCAUCAAAAAGUACAUCAAGUUAGAAGAUGAUGGUGGUUGUGUUAUUGGAGGAGACAGAAGCUUGCAAGAUAAAUACUUGAUGAGGCUUGUUGCUGCAAUGGAGGAGGUUUUCAUGAGUAAACACGGUAUUCAUCCCAGUCUUGUAGCUGAUGUACAUCAGUAUUUCUACAGAAGGACUGGUGUGAUAGGAGUUCAACCUGAAGAAGUAACUGCAGCUGCCAAAAAAGCAGUGGUGGACAACCGCCUUCAUAGAUGUCUAAUCUGUGGGGCCCUUUCAGAGCAUCAUGUCCCUCCAGAGUGGCUGGCUCCAGGGGGAAAACUGUAUAAUCUGGCAAAAAGUACCCAUGGUCAGCUAAGGCCUGACAAAAAUUACAGUUUUCCCUUGAACAGUCUGGUGUGCUCUUACAACCCUGCAAAGGAUGUGCUAGUACCAGACUAUAGCCUAAGUAGUUUGACUGCUUGUAACUGGUGUCAUGGUAACUUAGUGCGUCGUGUCAGAGAAGAUGGAUCUGUUUUAUAUUUGGAUGGAGACAGAACUAAUACUAGAUCUACAGGUGGCAAAUGUGGCUGUGGAUUCAAACACUAUUGGGAAGGUAAAGAAUAUGAUAAUCUCCCUGAAGCUUUUCCUAUUACUCUAGAGUGGGGUGGAAGAGUGGUGAGAGAGACAGUCUAUUGGUUCCAGUAUGAAAGUGAUACAUCUUUGAACAGCAAUGUGUAUGAUGUUGCAAUGAAACUUGUCACCAAACACUUCCCUGGUGAAUUUGGUAGUGAAAUUCUUGUUCAAAAAGUUGUCAAUACAAUAUUGCAUCAAACUGCCAAAAAGAACCCUGAUGAUUAUACCCCUGUAAAUAUCGAUGGUGCUCACGCUCAAAGAGCUGAUGAUGUACAGCAAGGACAAGAGCUGGAGUCACAACUUCCAACCAAAAUUAUUCUGACUGGACAGAAGACAAAAACUUUGCACAAGGAAGAGUUAAAUAUGAGUAAAACUGAAAGAACUAUUCAGCAGAACAUAGCAGACCAGGCUUCUGUGAUGCAGAAACGGAAAAGUGAAAAAUUAAAACAAGAUCAUAAGGGGCAGCCUAGGACUGUUUCUCCUGGGGCUGUUCGAGAUGGGCCAUCGUCUGCUCCUGCUACACCAACAAAAACCCCUUACUCUCCAACUUCUACAAAAGAAAAGAAAAUUAGGAUAACAACAAAUGAUGGGAGGCAGUCAAUGCUUACCCUGAAGUGCACAACCACAUACUUGGAACUACAGGAAAGCAUAGCUAGAGAAUUUAACAUUCCUCCUUAUUUGCAGUGUAUUCGCUAUGGCUUUCCUCCUAAAGAGCUUCUGCCUCCCAAAGAAGGCAUGGAAAACGAACCUGUUCCUUUGCAGCAUGGUGAUAGAAUUGCUAUAGAAAUUCUGAAAGGUAAAGAAGAAGGCAGUCAGUCUACUUCAGCACACUCUGCCCAUGCCGUGAAACAUGAAGAUGUUGCUGUGACUAGUAAAAUCUCAUCGAAGGAACUGCAAGAGCAAGUUGAUAAGGAGAUGUAUUCUCUAUGUCUUCUAGCAACACUGAUGGGAAAGCGGUCAGUUCUGAGAUGUUGGCUUCCCGUUUGGAGCCUGAGCAGGCACAGAGCAGGAGAAGAUGUUUGGUCUUAUGCAAAGGGGCUUCCUCAAUUGUUUCAGCAGGGUGGAGUAUUCUACAGCAUAAUGAAGAAAACCACAGGUUUGGCUGAUGGCAAGCACUGUACUUUUCCACAUCUGCCUGGUAAAAACUUUGUGUACAAUGCAGCAGAAGAUAGAUUAGAGCUGUGUGUGGAUGCUGCUGGGCACUUUCCUGUUGGUCCUGACGUUGAAGACUUGGUUAAAGAGGCCUUAAGUCAAGUACGAGCAGAAGCUACUUCAAGAAGCAGGGAAGCAAGUCCUUCUCAUGGAAUGCUGAAGCUGGGUAGUGGUGGAGUAGUGAAAAAGAAAUCUGAACAGCUACAUAACAUAACUGCAUUUCAAGGAAAGGGCCAUUCUCUAGGAACUGCAUCUAGUAGUCAACAACAUGAUCAAAGAGUCAGGGAAACACCACUUUUAAGAAAGCAUAGCACAGAAACGGACUUCAGUCCUUCUGCUAAAAUUGAGCCUUCUAUAUUCACAGCUGCUUCUGGUAACAGUGAGCUUAUCCGAAUAGCUCCUGGAGUUGUGACAAUGAGAGACAGCAGGCAGCUUGACCCUACUUUGAUUGAGGCACAGAGAAAAAAGUUGCAGGAAAUGGUCUCUUCUAUUCAGGCUUCAAUGGAUAGACACUUGCGGGAUCAGAAUACAGAGCAGUCAGCAUCAGUUGAUCUAUCUCAAAGAAAAGUAGAGGCAGUGAGUUCAACUGCUAAAACUGGGAGCUUUCAGGCUGGGUUGUCCGAAUCAUUUUCUGCGCCGGGUGGCACUGAACACUUGAAUACCGAAUCAACUGGUGGUAACAUGGUGAAUUCUGUGGGAACAGCAUUCCCUGCAAGGUCUAAAGCACAAAAGGGAAAUUCUGUUGAGGAGCUUGAGGAGAUGGAUAGUCAAGAUGCAGAAAUCACUAAUGCAACUGAGCCAAUGGAUCACUCUUGAUAGGUUAAAAUCUAAUAAGGGUAGAAGAAAUUACUGUUCAAAUGUAAUGUUUAUUGGCUGGGCCACACAAAGCGAUUAGUUAUUAAAUCUUGUAUGUAUGUCAAAGAUUAUAUCAUCUUAUUCAGUGCAUGAUAAGCAAGUGUGUGAUUGGCAAUAGCUUUCAAUAUUACCAUACUGCUGCCCAGGCUGGCUCUGUUACCUGUAAAUUAGUUAUUAGGAAAUGCACUGAGAUGAAUAUCUGCUGUAACUGUGGGUUAUUGGAAGUUCUCUGUAAUUUGUAAUUCCAUAAAAGUCUUAAGAUUAAGCUCAUGUGAGGUUCUUACCAUGCUAGUUCAAGGUUACUGGAAAGGUUAGAACAGGCAAAACUAGAAGCAUGACGAAGUUAAUCCUGUCCCAGAUAUUUAAUUCCACUCAAAAGUAUACUAUACAUAUGAAUGAUACAUAAAUUUCCAAAAGCAACUCAAAUUAAACUGUGCGCUAAGUUUUAUAAUGCAGCAUAUACAAAACUUUAAUUACAUUUUGCUGGCACUUCCUCCGAUUUAAAAACUUUUUCAUUCAUGCAACUGUACGCGCUUGUCAGAAAUCUUGGAAUAAGUGUAACUAUAGUGAACUCUCUAAUUUCUGCAUAUUGUCAGUUUAAGCAAGUUAAGAAAAAAAGGCUACUUAGUGUAUGAAGAAGAUAAAGUGAAUGUGGUGUGGUUAUGCAUGGCUGUCUGAGCCAACGCAGCCAUUUUGGUGCUCUGUUAGUAAGUGAUAGCAUGUUUAUAUUUGCUCCAGAAUACUGAGCUGGUCAGAUGUUGUGCAGCUUUUAAUACAACUACAGGAGAGAAGCUGGCAAGUGGAAGAAACAACAAAUGUUCAAUAGCAAAUCCAUUUCUUUUAAAAAAAGACUUUGAUUACUAGCAUUGGUUAGUAAUGGCAAGAGUUAAACAGUAGCUGUCCUCUUCAGAGCAGAUUAACAAUUUAUUGGAAGGAAAUUGCUCUGUAACAUACUUUGUCCUAAAGGGUUUAGUGAUAGUCGAGCUUUUGGAAGCUCGCUCUUUAACUCCAUGGAAACAAGGAAUAUAUGCUGUUUCAAUGUCUAUAAGACUACCCACUACUAUUAGCUUCACUUCAGUUUGUGAUUCCUGCAUCAGUCAGUUUUAAUAUAGCUGGUAUCCACUUAAGUAGCGUGUUCAUCAGAUGUGCAGUGCUAGUUCUUCAGAGCAGCCAUGGUGCUCGCUCCCUAAAGGUGGAAUGUUUCUCUGAUAUUGCACUUUGCUUCCUACCUUCAUAGUCAUAUUUUAAGUGCACUAUUGUUGCUUCCUCUAAUGGUAAAAUAACAUUGAAUGGAUGAAAGAUGUUAAUACAGCUUCAAAGGAAUUCAGAGCAUUUAAAUAUUGAAGUCUGUGUUUGUGCACAUGUGGAUUUUUAUCAGUUCACAAAUGUUGUUUGUAUUGUAAAUGUUUGUAUUCAGAAAAGUCUCCUCACUUUUUACAUUUCAAAUCACUUAAACAGUUCUAAGCAUUAGUAUGAUAAAAUGUCCCAUGAGGGAGGAUUUAUUUUUAUAUGGAAAAGUAACUGAAGCAAGUCACUUGAAGAAUAGCCCCCAUUUUGUCCAAGGAAGUUAAAAUUCCUCUAUUAGUUAAUUUUUUAUGGAGAGGGAAUAAAUAUUUAAUGAUUUAGUACACUACUUAGGGGUAAAACAUAAGAAUCACCUUUUCACAAAUAAAUGAAAAUUUUUUGAGACCUCCAGUUGCUAAGCUGCGAGUUGGCAAUUUGGAAGCUUGGAAUGUACGAAGUAAUUUGGCACCCUAAAGCUGACCUUGCCGAGGCAUCGAUUAACCGUCAGCGCUCCUUCAGUGGGAACCAGGAUGCCCGUGCAGCAGCUGGAAGCCUGCCACGACUUCAGAAAACAUUUAGUCUCCCAUGCAUCAGUCUAGCUAUCUGCAGGCUACUUCUGUAUGUAAAAUGUUAAGUAGCAGCUCGUGCUUUGUCACAGUAUGAGGUAUUAGAAGAGUUAGCAGUGGUGUGUUCCCAGGAAGGAGUUGAAGUGAGUGGAGGCUAAUGGGGGAGGAAUCACCUGUGUCUCUUGCAUUUCAGGCAAGAUAGCUAUCGCUUAAACUUUUUUUAAAUUUUCUUUAGCAAAAGGAGAAGACUUUCUCAGCUGAACAAAUACAGGCAGUGUGUAUGGGAGAAUUUUCAGUUUGAAAUAAAUUGAAGUACUUGUUGCACAUCCUCCUUACUCCAGGAGAGGAAACUUACCUCUUUCUUGCCUUUCUGCUAAGACAACAGUAGUUUGUGUGUGCCUUUUACUGUGUAAAGGGGAAGGCUCGGUUUAAUUUUGACACGCUUCCCAUUCCAGCAGUAGUUUGAUGUUUUCCGCCUUAUAGAAAUAGAUGCAGAUAAUAGCUCUGUUUUUCAACUCUCCAUUAGUAUCAUAUCUGGAAUCCACUCGAAUCAUGUAGAUUUGAUCAGGCUGUCAGGCUGAAAUAGGAAUAGUAAAAUGCUGAUAAAAUUACAAGGUCCGCUGAUGUGAACGCCUCUGGUGUAAUGUGGGAUUGUGCAUAUUUCUUUGCAGUGUUCUUAUUUCACAUAACCUUCUCAUGCAUUUAAAUAUUAAAAAAAAAUAUUUUUUUGAGAAAGUGGCUUUUGCGUGAGGCUAAACUUCAUCCACGUGCCAGAGACGUGUAACUGCCAGAGAAGUGAAAUAAAGAACACUGAAAUGUCGGUUUGAGCGGAUGUUUCAUUUGGUUGCAAGCAAUGGGCACAUAUGUACGUUGAGGUAGAUCUGUGCGCCUGUCUCUGGAGCACACACGUGCUUGCUAGAUUGCCCUGUUGGGUCAGGAAAAUGGUGGUGGGGUACAUGGGCAGGGAGGAUGGUUGCUCUCAUGGAGGCGAAGCCCCUGCGACUUCUCAAAUGGUGUGAAGAGUGAUCGAUACCUUUUUUUCCAAGAAAACCAACUUCUUGCUGCAGAAUUGCCUCUGUGGACUUAGAGUGUGGGUCUGAUUUCUUCUGAGUGCCUGCCAUGGUUACUGUCUUGUCUAGGGCCAGCCACCUUCCACACAGCGCUCACGACAAAGAUGACUUUUAAAUUACUUGAAAAUCCUAAACUUCACUAUGGCUUAAUGAAUGUUAACCUAAAUGAGAGGUGAUGACUGAAAAUAUGGGCCCAGUGCAAAGAAAGAAGGAAUGGGUGAACAGCUAGACUCUCAAUAAGUAUAUGGGAAACCUCAGGAGAACAGAUCAGUUUUCCAGCCAAAUGCAAGAUUUUAACUGCCUAAAACAGCUGCCUGAUUAGUAAGGCUGACUAUAAUAUCUUUUUUGAUACUACUCGUUCCCUGGGAUUUGUUUCAAUUUCAGUGAAUGAAAAGAGAUAGCAGCUUUACAAAUAACAUAAAAAAUAUUUGGGACAUCUUCACUCUCAUAGGCGCAAAGCAUCAAUGCAUAUUGUUGGUUUUCUGACUCCCUUAAAAGUCUUUUACUAGAUACAAAAUAUGAACUAGAACGUCUUCUGAUCUGAUCACUGGGGAAAUUAAAGGUGGUCCUCACUUUACGUAUUUGUAUGGUCGAGUUGUUCUGUGGUUUUAAAACUUCCACAUAUCAAAUAUGAACAUAAAACAGACCUUCACAAGGCUGUAUUUAGGUAAGGCAGUGUUUAUAGAAAGCUUGUUUAGACGUUGCCUCCGAGAGGAUACUCUAGCAGCUUCACAGAGUUAGAGAGCCCCAAGGCUGUCUGCUAACAACCCUGUACAGUGGGCAUAUUUUCAAGACCAAAGUGCUUAAUUUAAAAUCUUUCUAAAAGUAGAACCUGUUGUCACUGUUACAAGGUUCACAGAGUUGCCCCCUGUUUUUUUUUCGAUGCGCUGAAAAUGUCAGGUAAUAAAAUUCAUAAUAUGCUUACAAUUGGGAGAGCUAUGCUUCACCUGAACUGUGUUCAAAAUGAAUGAUUAAAGAUGAUGCCACUGUUAUCUCUACAUUUGCUUGGCUCUUAUUUUUCAAAUAGUGGAAUCUACAUGCUUUUGUAAAAUAAUAAUAUGAAGUUGAUCCUUCUGUUAAAAAACGUAACAGUAAGUGGUUUCUUUGUUUUGCUUAUGGAUAUCAGUUUAGCCUUUUAAAAUUGAAGAAGUUGCUUAAGAUCUGUAGAAUGCAGGAUUCCCUCUGAGCCCUUAUGCCUGUGGUUGAGCAAUAAAAGGUUGAAAUAUGAUUGGUAUUUUCAGAAUUAUUUUACUUUUAAUGAGGAUUAUUGCCAAGAAAUGAAAGAGUGCACUUUUAGGAGGGAAUGCUAUUUAAAAUGUAUAAAUAAGAAUUGAUAGUGUAUAUAUUUAGAAAACAAAUCUUUUUAAACAGUAAGUGCUUUACAUGUUGAAAUAAAAAUAAAUUAGCAUAGAAAUUAUACCAUCUUCACAGCACUGGCUGUUAUCCAGCACAGUUUGGUUUAUUUUAUUUGUGAUUGCUGUACUAAUUAUAUUUGAUUUUUUUUUAUCUGUAAUGUAACAAUAGUGUAUUAUAACAGUAUAUAGUGUACUAUACUACACUUCACUGUACAGUAUUUGGAAUUUUCUUUGAUUGCUAUAUUAAAACUAUAAGUUAAAACAUCUGCUUUGGCUUAUAAUGUGCAACUUUUAUCUAGCCUUUCACAUGUUAGCUUGGUUAAUUAACACUGAUUUGGCUACAGAAUGAAUGGGUUAUAAUUGCAUUAACUCCUGUGUUCUACAUAGAAAUUGCAUUCUGCUUGCAUACGUGAAUACUAGUACAGAAGUGGAAAAACUGGUACAAAUAUUAGAAAUCUGAACUCUGUCAUCCAUUUUACUUCAGUAAUGUUCUGUUUAAAUGAAAUUUUUUGAAUGAAGAAUUCUUAAUGCAAAAGCUUUUUUGACCUCAUACCGCUUCUGAAUGUUUCAUUAAACACAUAUGACAUUUGAAGUUGAGAAACUUUUAAAAAUAGGUUUUAAUACACUUGAGGUCAAAAUCUGAGAUUUGAACCUUUUUUUUCUUUUUUGAAGUUGUAACCAAGAAGAAAACACAGGAAAAUGUUGACCAAGUCAUACAUGACAUUUAAGACAGCUUGCAAUCUGUGUGAUAAGAAACAUUGUUGAAAAUAUCUUGUGUUUCAAAGCAAAAUUUUACUGUAGGCAUGUAACACAUAUGAAUAGUAUAAUUUGGAGAAAUUAAGACUUCUGAAAAUUUGGCAAUACUUAAGAAUGAACAUAUUGACAACUAUUUAAAUUAUCUCUCUUCUAAUUCCACCAGCUGCAUGCUUCAAAAAUUGGCUGUAAUGAUAACUUCUGAGCCUACAAAGAAGUCCUAAGACCCAUCUGUGAAACUGUACUACUUCUUCCUACAAAUGAAUUUUAAUAUUUAUUGAAAGGCUUUAAUUCAAAAUGAGCUAGCAUUAAAACAUUUUUAAAAUGAUGGGUAUAAAGAUAAUGAAUUUUGCAUGUCAUAUCAUGAAGAAUUAAAAAUUACCCUUUAAAAAAUUUAUAUUGCAAAGGCUUAAAUGCUUAAUAUUAAGCUAGAAAUUUAUGAAUCCUUAUUAAUCCAGUGUUUAUAAUCUAAGCCAAAACUGGUACUGUAUGUAUGAAGUAACCAGGUUAGGAAUGCUUUUGAAAUGUUUUCAUUUUUCUUCUGUUAUUAAUUAUAUGGCCUUAACAUCUGUCUCAAUUUUUAAGUUUAGAUUGGAGUUCCUGGGUUUGUUUUUUUUUUUUUUUCCUUAGAUGUGUACAUAGCAAACCUCUUCUAAAAUACCCCCAAAACCCUGACUUCUUGCUAGAACAAAACCCCUCACAACAUACUUCUCCCCAUAGGGUCAGGAUGCGAGCAAAUCCUGGAUGUUGAUCGGGUUGUGUAGCAAGUUGUGGAAGGUGUGUUUGGUCUUAUGGGGAGUCAGUUCAAACACAUGUAUUUCGACUUUAAAAGGUAAUAGAAGCUGUGUUGUUGUUUGGUGUGGCAUUUACUUAUUGUGGCUGCAAUGUAUUGUCUGCUACUGAUUUGUAAUGUUCUGAAUAUUUACUUUUAACAAUAGAUAAAGAAAAGUAGCAAUGUCUGGAUCCAUAAUAGACUUGAUGGCCAAGUUAACGUUACAGAAACUUGGUUGCUAUAAUGGACUUUUGAAGUCGUUUAUUCUAAUUUGAAUUAUUUAAAUUGGCCUAUGUCAGGUGACUCUGAACUUUUAUUAAUGUCGUCAAAGGUAUUAGACUUGACUGUAAGCAUUUCCUCUCUUGUAGUAAGUUGCAGACUUUUUAAGAAGCUUCAGGAAAGACUGUUAUUCUCUGUUCUGUUGAUUAAAGACAUGGAUGAUUGUUGUGGCAGA